AUGAGCCUUGAUCCAAGUGCUUUUCCGAGGUCGGACUCCCCCGCAAGCUCCGAAAGCUCCCUGACGCGCACGCGGCUACAAGGAAAGGGAGGAUCCCUCAAAAAAGACAAGAGUUACCGCCGCUAUGCAUCAAGCGUUGAACGAGCGUUGUCGCUGUUCGACAACGCCCUACAAGAAUGGGCCGACUACAUCUCCUUCCUCAGUCGCCUGUUAAAGGCGCUUCAAACCCACCCCCCUGAUCAACCAGUCGUCCCGCAUAAGGUGUUAGUCUCGAAACGACUUGCCCAAUGCUUGAACCCAUCACUACCUUCGGGGGUUCACCAGAAGGCGCUUGAAGUUUAUACGUACAUAUUUGGACUGAUAAAGCUCGAGGGACUGUCGCAUGAUCUCCCACUCUACCUGCCUGGCCUUGCCCCGACCUUGACCUUUGCUUCGCUUACCGUUCGUCCUCUGUUCUUAUCGCUGGUAGAAGGCUAUAUCGUUGAUCUAGAACCAUGGGCCAUUCGCCCCGCCCUAAAAGCAAUCCUUCUCGCCUUGCUCCCAGGGUUGGAAGAGGAGACCAGCGAUGAUUUCGAACCAACUUUGCGGAUAAUCAACAAGCUUCGAGAUGUGUCUGGACAUCUUGAGACGCAAAGAACGUCCGAGGCCGGCGCCUCUGGACAAUACUUCUGGCAAUGCCUCUUUCUUGCCUCGAUCACGAAUUCCAGCCGACGGCUCGGCGUGCUUGCAUACCUGAACCGUUAUCUCCCAAAGUUGGGCAUCGCCGAUCGUCGGCCAAGCACAGCGGAUAGCACCGAUAUGAAGGGCAUACCGACCGAGAUUUUGGCGGCUGCCGAUUCUGUCAUUCUACCAGAACCGGGCCUUCUGAUUCGUUGUUUUGCAUCAGGCCUGUCUGAUGAGCAGCUGUUGGUGCAGAGAAAUUUCCUUGAUCUAUUGGUCACUCACUUGCCCUUGAACUCUCCGAUUCUACAGUCUCGAAUCGCCGAAAUUGAUCUACAAACGUUAAUUGUUGCUGCUGUGGGCGUGGUCACUCGACGAGAUAUGAGCUUGAACCGCCGACUUUGGGCAUGGUUCUUGGGGCCGGAGACUGCGAACGAGCGACACUCUACAGAUGACCGAAAAAUUUCUUCCGAAACCUCUCGCUCAUACUCCGUUGAUGGCAAGGAACUUUCGCAGUCUCAAUAUUUCAGCCGUGUUGGUCUGCAACCCUUGGUCAACGGUCUCCUCAACAUGAUCAAGCAGAAACCGACAGUGCCAUCUGAGAGGACGAAACCUUUCCGAAUUGCGCUAUCAUUAAUGGAUCGUUGGGAGAUCGGUGGAUAUAUUGUCCCCGCCGUUUUUCUUCCUAUAGCGAACAGUGUCCAAUCAUUUGAGAAACAGGCACCCAGAAACCACUUUGAAGAAGUGUUUCGUAGUGCCAGUGCCUUCUUCGACGGCGUGGAGAGUAGUGUUAUCUUCGCGGAGCUUUUGGGUCUGGUUGACUUCCGUCUUUCAGAUGUCGACAAGGAUAAUGGCCAGGUCCUGCAGAACCUAAACCUGGCCGAGUUCAUUCUCGAAAACUUCAAUGUUCGGGAGGAGGACAUGGUUCAAAUUCAUGUACCUCUUUUGACAGUGUCUUUGCUUGUCAAGAUGGGCGAGCUCUCCUCUUUGAACACACCACUCUCAGAAACAGUCGUAACUCGGCAAGCCGUGUCAAGGUCAUUGCACAAAGUGCUCAAGUCUUUAACGCCGCUCCUAACUGAGCGGGCCUUCUCGAAGAAGCUUGGCUUCGAGAAGUCCCCUGCCGCGGAUGGAAAGGCCGGCAACAGCGAACUUCUGCAAAAGGUCCACCGGUUCUACGAAAGCAGCAAGAACAGUCUUGAGCUUCCGCCCCUUCCAUUUGCUCCCAAGCAACUCGCCGAGCUGAUUAUUCGGGAUGCUCACGAGCUGUCUAUCCAGGCUUUAGAGAGCGAUGAUAGCAUUUCGUCGCUUCAUGAGAAAAUCACCAUUCUAGUAACAUUGCUACAGAAGCUCCCGAGGUCGCGUGUCCUUCGAGACCGACGACUCUUUGAAGCGAUUUCAGAAAGGCUUGCUAGAAAAGCUGAAAGCUCCACAACAUCAUCCUUUGCAGUUGUUUCAACCAUUGCGUCCGCAGUGACCAAUCUUUACUUCAUCCACAGCCCUGGGUUUUAUAUCAGCUACCCCGACGCGUCAGACCUCAUCCCAAGCCUGGUCCAAAGGCUGUGGCAAUAUCUAUCACCAUUGAGCCCGAAGUUCCAUGUGGAGGCUGUUCGCUGUUUGUGGUCGCUGCAUUCCAUCUCUUGGGUGGAUCAUCUUGUGGAGGCGUCCAUUAGUUCAUUAAUGGUCAAUUCAUCUACAGCAGGCUCGUAUCACCUCUCAUCAGAAGACCAAGCCGAGAAAUUCUACGUUCUGUGGAAUCACAGCCAUCAUGGUGGUCAUGACCAGCCUCCAAAACAAGUUCUGGAUGUCGGAGGAAGCCCCUUCUCCUAUCAGUGCUCGAUGCUCGAGCGUCCUUUGUUUAUUGUAUUGGAUCUUUUGUCACAGGAGCCUGGUGACGUUUCCCAAGGCAUUCAACAGUGGCUUCAGGAUUUACCAUCGAUCCAUAGAAUCUUCCAUGUGGUUGUUUCCAAGCUCGAAGAACUUUUCGAGCGUGACACUCCCGGUGCGAACAAUGACCAAGCGAUUUCUUCAGACGAUUACAAAGAGUGCAGUUACUUGCUGCGCACGGCCUCAAAUAUUAUUUCUACCCUUUCCCACCCCGGGUGGAUGACGCUCCUUACACAUACCCUAGGCCAACUGGAGAAACGACCCAAUGGACCCAAGGCGGAUGACAAUGCACACUCGAAAAGCCUUCAUGCUACCAUAUUUGAGGCUUCUUUGCGAAUAAUUAGCGACCAAACACCAGAGACCACCUAUGUCACGCCGGAAGGGGAAAAGCUGCAGAAAGCUGCACUGUAUCUCAUGCGGCAACUUCUCUUGGGUCCCGGGGCCGAGGAUCUUGUCGAAUCUGGAAUCGAUGAUUUCCUAGUCGAUCGUCUUCUUUUUGCCGCAAACGAAGGAGGUAGCAUUGCCGUUCAGGGCUCGCUCAUCGAUGCGCUUCUAGCGGCUCUGAAAGUACGAUUCGCGCAGGCCUACCUACCCCCACCUCCGCCUCGACCGAAGCAUCAGCGAGCGGCCUCUCGUGAACGGUUAACUAGCCCUUCAAUAUUAUCUUUCACAAGUGAUAAGGCAGAGAGAGCACCACCGAUGCCCCAACUUCCUCGGCCACCUGAGCGUCUCCUAGAUUGCCUUCUGAAAGGUAUAAGCUCCGCGGAAUCGCGCGAGAUCGUGGACAAGUGGAUUGGCCUACUUUGCGAAGUGCUUCCGCUCUACUCGCAGUCUAUCUUCCAGAUUCUCCUCAUGCUUGUCGAAUGCUUCUGUAGAGAGAUCAAAGCCUCAUUCGGAAGACUUCAGCUUGCGUUCCAGCAAACAGAGGACUGGCCACAAGACCGCUCCGAGCAUGUGACGAUCGCUCUUCUUACGGGUCUCGAAACAUGUAUCGCAAAUGCUCACGAGCGUCUUCUCGUGGAGGAAUCAAAUGUCCCUGCAGCGAAAAGCCCUGACCAACCUCAGGGCUUUUUUGGCAACAUGGUCUCAGGAGUCUUCAACUCAGAUGGCAGCCAAAGCCGAUCCAAUACCGCCAAUGACCGCCUGACCGUUCUACUCUGCUUCCAGGAUGCUGUUCGUCUUUGCUUCUCUAUUUGGGCUUGGGGAGCUGGGGAAAGUAGUGGGACUCCCCCUGACUCUGAAUCGAUAGCCUCUUUCCAGUACACGUCUCUGCGCAUGCGAAAUAGGUCUCGGAGGAUUCUGGAGCAUUUCUUCGGCGCCGAGGCGCUGGAGUGUCUGGAGACCUUGGUAGAAAUGUGGGCCAAGUCAGACAUGGCGACUGCGUCGCAAAUCUUCAACCUUUUGCAUACCCUUGAUGGGUCGAGCCCGAAGAUUACAAUUCCAGCUGUCUUCAAUGCUAUUUAUACGCGCACGAACCCGGCAGCUCUAGACCAAAAUCGCAAAUCGUCAUUGACCUCCAGCUUGUCUGAAUCCGAGCUAGCCAGUUUCCUAGUCGCCUAUGCACGCUCCUUGGAUGAUGAUGUUCUUGAUGAGAUUUGGACGGAUUGUACGACAUUCCUACGCGACGUGCUCAGCAAUCCAUUCCCUCAUCGCCAGAUUCUCCCACGAUUGAUUGAAUUUGCGGCUAUUCUGGGAACCAAAUUGGAAAAUACAACAUUUGGUGAAGAUCGACGUAUGCGCAAGGAACUCGGGGACGUGGUCUUGCGGCUUCUUACGGCCGUUUUCACCAGCAAGCCCCUUGGACUUAAUCAGGAAUCCGGUCUCAUGGCGAGAUCAUCUCUGGACUACGACCGUACUGCAGUGUCCCAUACAGGCCCAGACGAUAUGCUCAGUAUAUUGGCAGUCUCUAUGCCAUCAUUCCUCACAACCUUGGGCGAGCCAGAUCGUAUAAACACUGCCAUCAGUGCUGUGUCCACCAACGUGGUUGGCCCACUUAUUCGCUCCCGUCUAUUCCCUAACAACCUCAACCGCAACGUGAUGGUGAUUCUACAGCAAAUGGCCAGAGUGCCCGCUGCCGCGAAGAUAUGGAAGAAAGAUAUCUCUGAUGCCUUCAAUGACACUCGUUUCUUUGGUCUUCAUGUGGAUCUGAUCAAGGGCUGUUGGAUGGAACUUUUGCGGCAGUGGACUCUUGCGGACAAAGAUCGCUUUUCGGAAAUACUGAGUCGUCUGCCGCCACCUAGCGCAGCAGGUAUCAUGUUUGGUGUGGGGGCGUCAGCUGCCCGAUUGGAAGCGGAUCGCAAGGCACAGUUGAACCUCCGUCGCAUUGCUCUGUUGAUCCUCUCGGCGAAUGAAGACUACUUUGUGGCAGAGCUACCAGGCUUGCUUCAGAAAGUUGAGGAUCUGUUAGCCGCGAGCAGCGCCUCGUCACCGUCAUCCGCGACCCGGGCAGAAAUCUUCAUGGUUCUUCGUGCGGUGGCGCUUAAGACUUCGGCGAUGGCGAUUGCACCGUUCUGGCCAUUGAUCAACGCCGAACUGCAAGAAGCGGUUGCGGCAGUACCCCGCAAUUCCCAGACGGACCUCUACAACGCUCAUUCGCUGCUGCAGGCCUGCAAGCUCCUCGAUGUUCUCUUAGUCAUUGCUCCAGAUGACUUCCAACUCAUGGAAUGGCUCUUUGUGACCGAUACGAUCGACGCUGUGUACCCUCCCAACCGCUGGGAACCAGUCGCUCUGGCAGACGAGGUAUCACAAAGCUUUGGACCUCGCGGUAUGUUUUCCCCAACUGUUCCUGGGGAUUCCUCCGAGUCUGCGGCACGCAGUGGCUUUAAGCGACCCUGGCUCAUCUCAGACAACAUCCGAGAAACCGCCAAGGAUGAGAUUGUUGAGCGAGUCUUGCGGCCUUUCUUUGACCGGCUGAGCAUCUAUGUGUUUGAAAGUACCUAUGGGAUGGAGAGCGUGGAUUCCGGGGUGUGCCGGGAUGAUCUGUUGGCAGACCUGUUCAACGAGAGCACGAUGGCGAACUAA